UCCGCUCCUCAUCUCCCCUCCUCCCCUGCUCUUCCGCCGGAAGACCACCAUUAAACCCCGCGCCCUCUCCACUUCGGCUCUCCCCCAAAAAUAUCAAGAGCCCACAAAUCUCUCCUCUCCCCGCGCAGGACUCUCCCCGAUCCGAUCCAGUAUCCGGAUUCCGGGCGGCUUGCCCCCCCAUUCCGCCGGCUACACCGCUUUCACCCAGUCCAGUCCUCCGGUCGGGCUUCGGAGAUCGCCGUGGCCCCCACGCUAGUAUUCUGCGAGCAGGACUGGAGGAGCAGCCGCCGCCGCACGCCACGCGCGCGCUGUUGAUUUAUGUCGCCUGCUCUGCCGCUCCAUGGUUCUGAGCUCCCGUCGUCAUCAACCUCGACUCGCUCCCUUCUCCAGCCUUGGCAGAGGGGCGCCAGAGACUGCGGGUUUCGCUUCAGAAUCUCGCGGUAAAUCUGUUUCCCUGCUUCUAUUGGUUGGCUUACGCCAGGAUGUCCUGCUCUGUUUCAGUCUACUCUGCUCCACUGUCUAGCUUCGUAUAUGAAACGAGCUCUGUUGGUCUUCCAUGUAGGUGGCAGUUCAGAGAUUAGUAGAUACUAUGUUUUUCUCUCUGUUUGACAUUAGUAGUUUCUUUAUCUAAGCUGUUGAUGUGGUGCAUUAUUAGUUUAAUAACUUAGCAGUCCUGGCUUCUUGUUUGUUUAGUGUAAGCAACAAGGAUUUGUCUUUUCCUGUCCGCCAAAAAGGGGAGUCAGUGUCUUUUCGUCAUCUUCCAGUUGUAAAUAUAAAUAUGCAGCUUGCCAUGAUUCAGUUGAUAAAUUGUUGCCAUGUCAUGCGAUAAUUUUGUCCUUCUUUAAUCUGGUCACAUUAUUUUUGCUCGUGAACCAAAUUUUGAGACAACCACGUUAGAGUAUGUGUCAGAUUUCGAAGCUGACCUGCACUAAAACUGAUCUCCUCCGUCAGUUUGCAUAAAAAUGUCACCGCACUAGUUUGGCAUGCCAAGAUGGAGGUUUAGAUGUCGAUAUCUAUUUGAUUUUAUAGUCCGGCAGCUUCCUAUUAAUUUCAGUUUGUCUAUGUGAAUUUGGAAAGUUUCCCAUAGUAAUGCACAAUGGUUUCAGAUUUGGAUUUGGGGUGAAGUACUCUGGGUUUCUUCAUUUAGACCCUUGCUUCCUACUUUACUGCACCUGAGGCAGUAAGAGUUCAAGAGUCCCCAAAUCAUAAUCAGUCUUGGUUUGUUUUGUGUGGAUUGGCUUCAGCACCCCUCCUCCUUUAAGUUCAAACAGUCAGCCAGAUUUCCAAUUUCUGAGUCCUGUACAAGGAAGGAACCAGAUCUUUCUUUCUCGAGUUUUCAUCAGAAUUUUGAGAGAAUCCUGCUGAUUUGCAAGAUUCUGUGCUGCAGUUUUUGCACAGACCAGGAGCCUUUGUCCCAAUUUUGUCUAAACAUUUACUCGUUAAGGCAAUCUGAAAGCUGGGCUACAAGAUGAUGCCCUGUAUGCAGAAGGUCCGUAUUUUCUGUUCUGAUCCAGAUGCUACUGACUCCUCUGAUGAUGAAGAUGGUCAGAACAUCAAGGUAAAGAAAAUGGUUAGAGAGGUGCUAGUUCCGGUGAAGAACUCGAAGACAUCUAAAUGUCUGGAGACGCUUGUGCCAUGUGGAACAAAGGAUCUGGAGGUUUCAGCGAAAAAGGGGAAAUCAAGCAGGUUUCGUGGUGUGCGUAAGCGACCCUGGGGUCGUUGGGCAGCUGAGAUUCGCGAUCCUGUGAGAAAAACCCGAAAAUGGAUUGGCUCAUAUGACUCUGAGGAGGCUGCAGCAGCAGCAUAUCAGGCAUAUGCAAAUCAGAUCCACGCAGAGGUGUUAGCCAAAAAAGCUCAAGAGUCUGUAUCAGAACGUGCAGCUUUGUCAAGCUCUUCCUCAGUGUCCUGUGUAUCUUCAUCUGCCCCAUGCGAGCAGACAGCACGAGUGCAGAAGGGAGUGUUCAUGGAAAUAGACCCAGAGCCUGUGGAUGAAAUCUUACUGAACUUCUCCACACCUAAGGAGAUUUCAGUAGAUGUCUUGCUAGGACGGAUAGAUGAGACUCCUGUCGGUGACUCCGUCAGCCUGGCUGAUGAACUUCCACUUGAUGAUUUCACCAGGCUGGAAGAUGCAUUCCCAAUCAGUGAUUUUAUUGGUGCAGUGCACAAGCCUCUCGAUGAUGACUAUAUUGGCCUGGCUGACAUUAGCCACCUGCCUCUUCCAAUGAAGGACCCAGCUUUCAAUCUGGAUGCAGAACUUGAUUGGAGUGGGUUCGAUUUCACUGCAAUUGAACAUGAGCUUCAGGUCCUUUGAGGCUGCAUCAGAGAUGUAUUAUACUGAAACCAGCACCUGAUUGUGUCAUAUUCCACGGAAAGCAGAUGUUUUCUGAGUUGUCUGAGUACAUCAAUGAGUUCAGAUUUAGAUUUCAGUCUAUCCAUGGAUGUGGGUGGGAUCUGGAGCCGAUUGACCUAAAUUUUGUCGGGAAUUGUACAGUUCCUAGAGUAACUCGUCAGUGAGUGCUAUUAUGUAACAAAGUUUCAUGUAAUGUGUAUAUAUUCUAAUCUAAUUUCAGAUCUGACAGUA